AUGUCGACUGAAGGGGACGAGGCCCAGCAGCAGCCAAAGCGCCCGCAUGCAUGUCCCCAUCCAGGAUGCACAGCGUCCUAUGCUCGCAUCGAGCAUAUGGAGCGGCACGCCAAGUCGCAUGAGCAGGGGCACGGGUACAGCUGUCAGGAGUGCGGAAAGAGCUUCGCCCGGUCCGACGUCUUGCGACGACAUCUGAAGAUCCACACUCGCGACACGAACAAGGCCGCGGCACCCGCUGCACCGGCGAACGGCGCAUCUGUAAGCGCCAACAGGGUUUUGCGAGCCUGCAGAGCCUGCGCGAUCGCCAAGAUCAAGUGCAGCGGCCACGCACCCUGCCAGCGCUGCAGCGAGCUCAACAAGGAGUGCGAGUACGAGGCAACGGCUUCAAGUCGUCCGGCGAAACGAGUCCGUCUCGAAAGCGAGGACUCGACGCGGGACCUGUCGGUCGGGGACUUCCCUGACAGCGGACACGGCGAAGCAUCGUCAUCGGGCUUCGACUCAUCAGUCCCGACUUUCUCCCUCCCGCCCAUGCCCCAUUCGUCCGCUUCCUACCCUCCUCCCGGCUCGACGUCUACCGCCUCGCACAUGCCCCCGACCUGGGGCGACCUUCCACCUGACUCUCUCACCGGCGACCUGAGCUCCCUCUUCGGCUCGACGUCUCCCGGCUUCUCAGGUCCUCCCGCCGCCUCGACCUCGACUCUUUCGCCAUCCCUCCCGCAACCACCACAAAACGGCAACUCAAACGGCGACAUGCUCGACACGUUCGUCAACUUUGCCCUGCACCAGCACAACCCUACCUCUUCACUCGAAUCGGACCUUGCCGCCGCUUUCUACCUCCCGACGGGCGACCAGAUGUUCUGGAGCUCCUUCCUCACUUCCCCCCCCGCCGCACCUCUCCACCAACCACCUCAGCUCUUCCCUGCCGCGUUUCCAUACGAGAACCAGCAGCAUCAGCAGACGGACUUCCAUGCGGCCGCAUCUUCGUCGCCCGCAAGCAAUGCGGGUGGACUCUCAUC